UGUGACAGACAGCAGGCAGCUCCUGCAGACUCCACCACUUCUCUCCAUCAUGAUCAACACUUACCACACCAGCAUGGCCCCACCGCCGGUGCCUCCGCGCCACAACGGGUCCCAGACGCUCCUCAUCCCCGGUCCACAUCCAUCACCGAGCCACAGCAAGACUCUCAUCCGAUUCCUGGUCGGCGUGGCGGUGCUGCAUCUGCUGCUGUCUGUCGUAGGAUUCAUCUAUCUGUACCACUAUGAAAGAACGGAGAGAGUUUUUGCCGUAGCUGAAGGAAAAGCUGAACUUCUAUCAGCAGUAAAACAGGAAACCCACAGAGCCUUGGCGCAUUUGGAGGUUAAACGGGAAACAGCAAAGUCACCUAAAUCUGGUUAUCUCCAGUGGAACAUGGUUACCUCAGCUCGCAAGAACAUCAACUACUCCUACAGCAGCUGGCUGACUGUGCUGCAGGCCGGGGACUACUACGUCUACUCCAGGGUGACCUUCUCCAAGAGCCACUCCGUCAUCCCCCUGUUCAGCAGAGUCAAGCUGAAGAAGAGCGAGAAGGACGAGAAGGACCCGGAGAUCUUGAUGCAGGCCUACUGCAACCUGGGAAGCCCCACUGGGAAUCCCUCUGAGCCUCGGCAGUGCACGGCCACGCAGGGAAGGGUGGUCACGCUGGAGGAGGGAAAUCAGCUCGGGGUCUGGAUAGAAAACCUUUCUUAUGUGGACUACGAUGGAACAGCCACAGCGUUUGGGAUGUACAGGCUGUAGGAGCGUCCGGAGGAGCAUGUGGACGGACCUGGAGUGAACUCAUUCAGUGGAUGGACUUGGAUAUAAAUCUACUGAGAACACUGCUGAAUACAGAGGGUUGAUAAACUGUGAUUACAGAGAAACAGUCCUCAACUAUAAUUUAUACUUAAUCAUUCUGUAUUUAUUCAAUUAAAUGAAGUUUAUAUUACCCUGAAAUGUUUUUUUUCUAUAUUUAAUCUUAA